UUCGACUUUCGACGCGCUGCCAGAAACAUCGUGAGCACCGCUUAACCCACAAAAAAUCUAUAUAAAUUCCCGACCGAUCCCAGGAAAAACAGACGCAAUGAGCGCCGUUGAUGCCAUAAUCAAUUACAAGCGCAGUCCCAACGAGGACUUCUACGGUCUGCUCCACUGCGAUGAGAACUCGUCGCCCGAGCAGAUCCAGGCCGAGUACAAGGUCCUGGCCCUUCAAUACCAUCCCGACAAGAACUCCGGCGACAAGGAGGCGGAGGCCAAGUUUCAGCAGCUAAAGGAGGCCAAGGAGACCCUCUGCGACCCCGAAAAGAGGGCCGUCUACGACAAGUGGCGCAACAGCGGCAUCUCGAUGAGCUACAAGCAGUGGCUGGGCAUGAAGGAGCAUGUCGGUCAGGUGAGAAGAUACACGAUUGCCGAGAAAGUGGAUAAAGAGUCCAUGCACUGGGUGACCCCCAAGACCAAGGAUCGCAUGCUGCCGGAGACUGGAGGAGCUGCUGCCCAAGGUCCCGGAACCGGAGCAGGCUGCAGCAGCGGUGGCCUGACCGCAGCCUCGCCCAAUCCCGCCCACCGGCGGGCCUCGGAGGGCGGCGCGGCCUUGUACUACGGAAGUCGCAAGGGCGAAUGGGGCGGCGAGAACACCGACGUGGCCAACAAGUUUCGCAACUACGAGAUCUAAGAUAAAAGUUGGCCAGAGAUGAAAGUUUCAAUUUUAAAAAACAUUUACACAGCAUAUACCAAGUCGGACCGAUGGAGGAGCAGUUGGGUGUCAAUCCCGCAAGUUAUGCAAUUAUAUCAAAAUAUUCUGAAAGGGAAACAAAAAUUUAUUAUCGAUGUGUAACUUAAGCGUUGCGACUACAGAGCACAGAUAUAGAUACUCGAAUAUAGAUGUUUAUAGGUGUACAAAAAGAUAUAGAAAAUGGUAAUUAACUAACGUAUAUUUAAGAAAGAGAAACUGUAAUUUCAAUAAACUCCCCCAAGAAGCGACGACUCCAAGGCGGAGCGGCAAGAAUUUUAA